AUAGAGCGAGAGGCGGACGGACGGUAGUUACAGCAGUGGUGUAGUGGCUAGCCUACUACAUAAAGUAUGGAGGAAGUAACAAGUGGUGAAGUUGAAGAGAGAGGCGGGCUUUGUGCCGAAUCGGUGUGUGACGAUCAAGUGCCUGCGGUGGGGCAACAGACCGAAGUUGGGGGUGAGAGCGACAGUAACGGGGAAGGCGACGACGUGGUCAGUUCCCUAACUGGAUUCAGCAAUCCUGAGAGCUGCACCGGAAGAAGUAGAAGUGAAACCUCACCAGAACAAAUUUCGGGUGGUGCUAGUCAAAGAACGACGAAACAUGAUAGUAAUAUCCGUCCAGACAGUGUCCAGCAAGAGGAAGCAGUUACAACCUCGUCGGAGUCUUGCUCCAGUGUCGUCCCUCAUGAAGCAUGCAGUGGUACAGGUAGCAGUGAGGCCCUGAAACUAGAAAGAGUCUGCAAUUUGGUGAACUAUGACUCUUCAGAUAGUGACGAUUCUAGUAUAAAGACACCUACGAUUGAGAAUUUGGAAGAGGAAGAUGGACAGGUUUUUCAGUACCCAGAUAGUAACUCAAAGACAAUGGAGUAUGGGGAACAGACAGAUACAGGGGAGGUCUCAGCAGGCAGUGGUGUUAGAGCAAGCAAUGAGCAAACCAUUGGGACUGCAGAACAGACAGAGGGUGGGUAUCAAGAUGGGGGGUAUUGGAAUGAAAAUGGCUGUUGGGUAGACAGUCAAGGGCAGGUGUGGCAGCCACCAGAAGGAUACUGGCAGCAAGAUUGGACACAGGGGACAGAGGGAGAGGAGGGGACGUGGCAGGACUAUGGAGUGGACCACGGGCGGGGGUGUGAUAGCCAGACGCAAUCUCAGAAAGCACAGGCUGGGCAGGAAAAUGAGUGGGUAACUCAAGGAGAGGCUAAUCUCAAGCAGCCAGACGGGGUGGAGGAAGUAGCUGCUCAUCAACCUCAGGGUCACUUCAGUAACCAAGAGCAGUCAGCUGGACACUGCUCCACCUCCACCAAUAGUGAGCGGCUACACUACGACCAAUCUGCCUACCAGGACGGGUCCAGCAGACAGCAGUCUGCACAUUCUGGUGCCAAUACGCAGAGCUCAAAUGAUGCACAGAAUUCUAAUCCCCAGGACUGUGGGAGCAAUGACGAUACUACAUAUGUCCAAAGGCACAAUUACACUUCUUCUGAUCCAAAUGUGACCCCAUCUUAUGAUCCUAGGGUACAGCAACAUGCACAUGCUUAUCCUGCACAGCACACAUAUGGGCAUCAAGAUCAUUACUAUCAACAAGGAGGAGAGAAUCAACAACAGCGACAACAGCAGUACACUGGACCAGUCCAGUAUAAUCAGCAAGAGCAGUACCACUCAUACAGUCAGGAAUACCAUGACCAGCAUCAGUCAUACACUCAGAAUUCAACUGGUUGGAGCAGCUAUCAAUACCCUGGUCAACAAAGUCAUGGUAGCGGUUGGAAUGAUGAAAACAGUUCAUGGUACCAGCAACAGCCUGCUGGUGCCGCCUCUCAUGGACACGACACACAAUCUUACAACCGGCACCACGGAUUUGAGCAAGGAUACCACACACCGAGUGAUUAUGAAAGGCCACUUUCAUUGCAGUUUGCACCAGGUGGUCCCCCGCAUGGACAGCCACCUCCUGCUCCCUAUGGCAUCCCACAUCCUCCACCUUCACAUCCCCCACCUCAUGCCCACCAUUACUCCCCCCACUCAGCCCCUCCUCCAUCUCAUCUCCCUGUACCAACCCCUCCUCCACCUCACCUGUCUACUCCUCCUCCUCCACCUCCUCCUCCUCAACAUCAUCUGUCUACUCCCCCUCAUCCACCUCAUCUUCCGACUCCCCCUCCUUAUUCUUCUCUCUCUGAUCCUCCUCUUCCCCCUCUCCUUCCUCCCCGACCACCACCUCAAUCCAUAUCCCAUUCUUCUUACUCACCUUCUCCCCAGACCCAUGGUGUUGAUGAGCACUACUCACGCUCAACCCCUCCGUGGCCCUCACGGCAGCAUCACUCGAACCAUUCGAACAAUUCUAGGAGAAAGUGGAAAUAUUACAGACGAGAAAGCUCUCACAGUCGCAGUUCUCACUAUUCCUCUGGGGUCCCUUCGUCUCCAGCUAACAGUGUGUCAUCUGAUGUUUCUAGUACUAGUCGAGAUAGUCCCGUACCAGUUCAACACUCCCCAGUCGCGGGUAGUCCAGACGACAGUGAAAGCCAUCGUCCCGUAAGCAAAACUGUCUUCUCUAACCAGCUUCGUGACCCAAGACGCUGCAGUCCACCAGUCUCCGUAAGAGAAAAGUCACCUAGUAUGAAAGGUGCCAGAUACAAUAGUAGCCCCUCAAAUCUUACAAACAAGAAGUCUUCUUCACGAAAAGAAUCAUCUGGGUCAUCACCAUCUUCAACUAGGUCGACAAAAGAAACUGAACAAAAGAAGGUAGAGAAGCCGGAUGUAAAAGAUUCAAAACAAACUAACACCAAGAAACAAUCUGCUAAAGAGCCGGCAUCAUUUCCAAAAAGCUCUCUCACAGGAUUUAGAAUACCAAAGCAUUCCGAAAAGGGCAAGUCUCAAAGUGAUAAUCCUUCCACUCCAGCAAGGCUCACAGCACCAACCACAAAGGUUAACAACAAGGAAGAGAAACCAAAAACCAACGCUGAUAUUUCACAAGCCAAGAGUGGUGUUGGUACAACCUCGGGAAGUGCAGCAGAGACAGUCGGUAGUCAACCUCUUGCAGCCCCAGAGGGGGCAAAAGUUGACUCCGAAGCAAAGGAACCAGCGAAGGAAUCCAUUACAACACCUCAAAUCUCAACAGAGAAUAGCUUACCACCUGGACUGACACCCCAACAAGAUUUGGUUUCCCUGUUUAAGAGUAUUGAUAGCACCACUCUAAGUGCCUUGGCUUCUACAAUCCAACUUGCACUUAACUCCAAUAGUGGGAAAAAAAUGAAGUUGAGCACCAGUUCAGAAGAAAAAGUUCCUUCACCAUUAACAACUACAAAAGUGGAAACUGUGGAAUGCAAAGAUGAGCUCAAGCAGCCAACCCUGCCAGCCAACCCAGAAGUUGAGGUGUUUUCUGCCACUAGUAGUGUCCCCACUGCCAGUAUAACUCCCCAGGAUGUCAAGACUGAUGUAAGCCAGGAAGCUGAAUACUCCUCAGCUGAUACCCAUAAAGUCCUGAAGGUAUCAACAGAAAGAGGGAUGAUAAUAAUACAACAGCUUAGAGGUACAUGGAAAAUCAAUUACAAUGUGUGUUUGUUCAUUCCUUUAGGAAGUUAAAAGUGAUACAGACACACCAGAGAGUGGGAGUGCUAAAGAGGCCGUGAGGGGCGAGCAUGAUAUGUUGCCUGAUGCUAUGCCUGCUCAAUCUCUCAAAGGGAAAUCAAAGGCUUUGGUGAUUGGUCCUCCACGGAGGGUAAUUGCUACCGUUUUAUCUACCAAUGUGGCACCACCACAUCUUGAAAAUCCAAAAAAGAGCACAGAAUUAACCGUCUGCAUACCAAUUCACAAGGAAGUGACAUUACAUGUGAAAUCUACGAAAGAUAGUCCAAAAGAGACAGAGGAGAAAAUGAGUGACAGAGAUGUUGCUAACAAAGAGGCAGGGGAGAAUAUUAGUGACAGAGAUGUUGCUAACAAAGAGGCAGGGGAGAAAAUGAGUGACAGAGAUGUUGCUAACGAAGAGGCAGGGGAGAAAAUGAGUGACAGAGAUGUUGCGAAAAUGAGUGACAGAGAUGUUGCUAACAAAGAGAAAAUGAGUGACAGAGAUGUUGCUAACAAAGAGGUGGAGAAGAGAAUGAGUGACAGAGAUGUUGCUAAGACUAAGGACACACAUAACCCUUCAGAAGAGGAAACAAAUGAGGCAGAAAUUAUCCCUUCUGACAUAAUUUCGCCAACACUCUCUUUGUUGAAAGCACAGGAUUUGAUGUUUGAUCCGAAAUUCAUGUAUAAGGAAUACAAUCUCAGGAGACUAAGAAAACAAGAAGUGUCCCCUGAACAGUGCAAACCACAAAAGAAAAAGAAAUUUGACAAGACAUCACCUGCUAGUAAACAGAAAGGUACAGAGAAAGGUGAAGAGCUUGAUUCAGAUACUGAAGCAGAUAUGUCACCACGGUUGGACAGAGUAAAGAGAGGGAGGGUUGAAGGUGACAAAGAAUUAAGUUGUGAGCCCCCAGAGCCCAAAAAGCCAAGGGAAGAUGCUGAAGAAGUUGUGGCUGAGGCUACUCGUGGUGAAAGUGAAAAACAGACAAAUCCCAAGGAUGAUGAGCAGACGAGUGUCAGGCUGUUAGAUUUUCAAGUAUCAAUACCCCGCCAUGGUUCGCCCCCUCUCCCACUAACUCUAACACAAUUGCUUUCAAUGCCUAAAAAUGAUGAGCAAAACCAAAAUUCUAAGUUUGCUGAAUAUUCACCGACAAAGGAAGUAGAGAAGUGUAAUAAAAGGAAGAAUGUUGUAAGGACAGGAAGUUCAGUUGCCAAAGGUGCUCCUAGUGUUGGUGGUGGAGUUCUUGAACACAGACUCUCAGGAAGACCCCAGCUCAUCUGCUCCCUGUGUAAGCUCAAGGGUGGUGUUUCAAACCUGGGUUUUCUGUUCGGACCAUAUUUUUACCACCCUGACACUGAGAGCAGUGCUGACAGCAGCACAACCAGCAGUAGUAGAAGCAACGUGGAGGUUUGGCUACAUGAAGACUGUGCAGUAUGGGCUGCAGGCAUUUGCCUUGUGGGAAGAGAGCUCAAAGGGCUAAAAGAAGCACUUGCUGAUGCCAGCAAAAUGGUCUGUACAGCGUGCAAAAGGCCUGGUGCUACUCUUUUUUGUGCUUCAAGAGGAUGCAAGAACAUAUAUCACUUUCCCUGUGCAAAUGAGAAAGGUUGUGUUCUUAUGGAAGACAAUUUCCAGACACAUUGCCCAAAGCACAAAGAUAUCCGUGUCCAGAUUGACACUUGAUGAUCCGAUCCAUGGCAGUUCUCUCUCCUGUUGUUUUUACACUGCACUCAAAUUUAUGUUGUGCUGAAAAUGUCUUUUUUCACUUUUUCGGUGGAUAUCUAAAUGCCACACCAUGUAAUUAUUUUGUUGCUGUACUGUGUCAUAUUAAUUUUGUUGCUGCAUAGCUCCACUACCUCCAUCUUGUUUAGCCAUGCUGGCUCCAAAUUUCUGUCUUUUACGUGCUUCCUGCCCUUUGUUCUAAUUCAUGCUAUGCCUUCUGAAGAGCUCUUUUCUCUAUUAUGUGACCUGACCUGAGAGAAGUGUCCUUAACCCCACAGCAUGUAUGCUGUAAACGGUAAAAAAAUGACUUGGGCCUUUUCUGAGACCUAUGUCUCAAGUUUUAGUAGUCUGCAAAAGGCUCUGUACCUUUAAUACUGUCAAGUGAUGUGAAGCAAGCACAAAGUAGGAGAUUAAAUGGCUAAACUGGUUUAGUAAUGCAUAAAUGACUUAUACCUUGACAUUGAUUAUCUUAUCAUUAUUUGGUCAGGGACUCAUGAAAAGGAAUU